GGAGCCAUAGUCCACUCAAACUCCAAGACUGUCAGGAUGGUUCAGUUGAAGCUACACAACAUUUUAUUUCUUGUGUUUCUUUGCAAUGCAAAUGGACAGUAUGACAAUUGGAGAAGACAUCCAUGGCGUGACAGAUUUGUACCAAUUGCCCGAUACUGGGAUCUUCAUGAUGACUUAGCCAGACCACAGAACAUAAUUGAUUCUUCACCAAGGUUCAUUCUGCUGGCUCCAGAUCUGCUGAGGACAGACAGCCAGGAGAACAUCUACUUACAGGCUGAUCGUGUGUCUGACCCCAUCACCGUCUCCAUCUUGAUCCAGGACUUCACCGAGGCCACCACAUUUUUACAGGAGUCUGUCACACUGAACCAGGCAAAUGGAUUCAACAUCCUCCAUCCCAUACAGCUUUCCUCUGAUCUGCUGAAUCGCGAAGAAAAGAGGAAUAAAUUUGUGUAUCUGAAAGUGACCUUCGGGGGUUUCCACGUCGAGAGGAGACUACUCAUGGUAACCUUUCACUCCGGGUACAUCUUCAUCCAGACGGACAAACCCAUCUACAAUCCAGGAAAUACCAUUCGAUUUCGAGCCUUUGUGUCUUCUCCAGCCUUUAAGGCCUUUGAGAGCGCCAUCACAAUAGACAUUGAGAAUCCACAUGGCGUGGUGGUUAAACAGGUCUCCAGGAACAACUCUGUUAAUGGCGUAUUAUCGGAAACGUUUCCACUCUCUGAAUAUGUUAAUGAAGGAACGUGGAUUGUUACAGCAAAAUUUGACCACUGGGAACAAAACACUUUCACUUCUCAGUUCCAGGUGAAGAAAUAUGAGCUUCCUGCCUUCAACGUUACCUUAACACUCAAGAAGUCCUUCCUUAGCCUGGAAGACAGUGAGCUGGAAGUAGCGAUCUCAGCCAGUUAUCUGUAUGGACAGCCUGUCCAGGGGACAGCCUAUGUUGUGUUUGGAGUCAAGAUCAACAAAGAGAUGAGGAGAUUACCUUCGGUGAAGGAGGUGUCCAAUCUCGAUGGAGGAAUUGUUAAACUGAGUAUGGAAGAGAUCAGAAGCGCUUACCCCAACACUAGAGAUUUGGUCGGCAACUCUGUGUACGUCAAGGCGUCUGUGCUCACCAAGACAGGAAGCGAUCUGGUUGAGGCUGAAAAAACUGGGAUUAAAAUCGUGGAAUCUCCCUACGUCUUAUUGUUCCAAAACACGCCAAAGUACUUCAAGCCAGGCCUUCCCUUUGACUUCACAAUCCAGGUGAGCCACCACGAUGGCUCCCCAGCCCAUAACGUGCGAGUUAAGCUGAACUUGCUGGACGCACCGUUGCAUGUGACCUCUGGGAACGUCAGAGCCAGCAUCAACAUGCCGAGCGAUAUUCGCCCACAAACUAUCACCGCUGAAACCAUGCAGGAUGGCCUGAGACCAGAGCAGCAGGCCAGGCAAGAGAUCACUGUUCAGCCCUACACACCCCAAAACCGGCACCAACAAAACUACCUGCAUAUCUCCACAGGAUCCAGCACAGUGUCUUUAGGACAAACGAUUUUUGUGACGUUCACAGUCAUCCCUCAAAACGGGCCACACAGAGACUCCAUCAAACACAUCACCUACCUGAUUCUUAGUAAAGGCAAAAUUAUCAGUGUUGGGCGCAUGGAUAUAACCAGUCAGAAACUCACCAGGACUGGGCUGAUGGCAACACCAGAGAUGAUGCCAUCGUUUCGUGUUGUAGCGUACUACACGAUUCCCUGGGUGGGGCAAGAGGAGGUGGUGUCAGAUUCCAUCUGGAUAGAUGUGGUGGAUUCCUGUGUUGGAGGGCUCACAGUGGGGCCAGUGGGCAACCCACCCAAUUACUACACUCCUGGGAAGACCUUUAGAUUUCAGAUCAGAGGUGACCCAGUGGCAAAGGUCAGCCUGGUGACUGUGGACAACGCCGUGCAUCUCAUCAACAAGGACAGACUCACACAAAAGAAGAUUUGGGAUGUGGUGGAGCAUGGAGACAUUGGUUGCACUCGAGGUGGAGGCCGAGAUGCCAAAAGCGUGUUUACAGAUGCAGGACUCCUUUACUCCUCCAACGCUGGCUUCCACACCCCAGACAGACGAGCCCUGCAGUGUUCACGCAGUGCCAGAAGGAGGCGCUCUGCUGAACUGUUGAGACGUAAAGCACAGCUGGAGAGUCACUACAAGGAGAAGCUGCAGCACCGUUGCUGUAAAGAUGGCCUUCGCGAGAUCCCAAUGCUGUACUCCUGCACACGACGCUCCCUCUACAUCACUGAGGGAUGGGAGUGCAUCCGGGCUUUCCGCUUUUGCUGCGCCACUUUAAGGGACCAGCAGUUUGACACAGCGAUUCCUACCACGCCCUCACCCACUACCACUACCAUGCCUGUGCCCACGUUAAGAGGUCGGUUUGAAGUGCAUAGAAUGCCUGGAAGACCUGGAAGACCUGGAGUGCCUGGAAUGCCUGGAAUGCCUGGAAUGCCGGGAAUGCCUGGAAUGGCUGGACCGCCUGGACCGCCUGGACCACCUGGACCAGCUGGACGUGAAGGGUACAUUGAUACAAGUAUAAUUGAAGAUCUGCUGACAGCUGCAGAGGAGGUCAUGGAAGAAGAGGAAGAAGAGGGGGAGUACUUGGAUGAGGCUGAGGUAUAUCUGCGCUCCAAAUUCUACGAGUCUUGGCUUUGGAUGGAUGUUAACCUACCCAACAAGGCAGAAGGAGACGGGCUAGCCUCUUUGAACAUAGAGGAGCCCUUACCUGACAGCAUCACAGAAUGGGGAGUUCUGGCUGUCAGUGCAUCACCUCAGACAGGUUUCUGUGUUGCGGAGCCGUACAAUUUCAAAGCCUGGAAGCAAUUCUUUGUGGACCUGAAGCUGCCGCAUUCAGUGGCGAGAAAUGAGCAGGUUGAAAUAAAAGCUGUGAUCCAUAACUAUGGCUCUGAGGAACUACAUGUCAGGGUGGUGCUGAAGAAGACUGAAGGCAUGUGCAGCGUCGCUUUCAAGGACAGUCACAGACAGGAAGUGACGGUGCCGGCCGGCUCUUCAAUAGCUGUGCCUUACACCAUUGUACCACUAGUGGUGGGAAAGCAUCCCCUGGAGGUGAUAGUGCUCGCCAGAGACGCAAUGGGUGGAGACCGUGUCCAGAAGUUCUUACGAGUUGUGCUGGAUGGAGUGCAGAAGACUGAAGUUUGGAGUGUGAUGUUGAACCCAUCUGCUGUGGGGGGAACGCAGACAGUCCGUGUCGGAAAGAUUGAACUGGAGUCAGUUGUGCCGAACUCUAAGCCUGAGACAUACAUCAACAUCAGAGGCAACGUGUUAGCAGACAGCAUCGAAAACUCCAUCAAGGACGACUCUCUGGCAUCUCUGAUCAUGAUGCCUGGCGGCUGUGUGGAGCAGAAUCUGGCCAGCAUUACUCUACCACUCAUUGCCACCCUCUACCUGGACCGAACUAACAACUGGGAGAGUGUAGGGGUGGAGCGCAGGGCUGAUGCUCUCAAGUACAUCAAGAGAGGCUAUGAGAACCAGCUGGCAUACAGAAGGAGUGACGGCUCUUACCCACCCUACCAGAGCGAAGGAGCAAGUACCUGGAUCACAGCGUACGUGGUGAAGGUGUUCUCCAUGGCUCACUCCAUCAUUGGCAUCGACAAGCAUCAAGUGUGUGACCCUCUGGUCUACCUGGUGAUGAACAAACUCAAAGAAAACACAGGAGAAUAUGUAGAGAACAACCCAGUUUACACCACUACCAUGACGGGUGGUCUCCGUGGUGAUGACCCGGAGAUAACACUGACCGCCUUCGUCCACAUCGCACUUGCUGAGGCCAGGCAGGCAGGGAUCACCUGCGUCAUUCCUGGUUUGGACAUAAACAGCGCCAUGGCUGUGACAGCACAGUACCUGACACGUGCACUGACUACAGAAGGGAGGAGACCAUACACUGUGGCCAUCACCGCUUAUGCUCUGGCUCUUGGGGGGACGUCUAACAGUCUUCACCAGCCGUUACUUGCAGCUGCAGCCCGAGGUGGCAGCCACUGGCCUGACAGGCUAAACCGCUUGUUCACGUUGGAGGCGACUGGCUACGCCCUGCUGGCUCUGGUUAAGAUGGGACGUAUGGAGGAAGCUGCAGCACCCUUCGAGUGGCUGAACAGCCAGCGGAAAAGAGGAGGAGGCUUCGGCUCUACUCAGCCCACCAUGGUGGUACUUCAGGCACUGUCAGAGUACCUGAUCAAGAAACCCCCUCCCAAUGACCUCAUUCUGAAUGUGGACGUCAGGAUGGCAGGACACCUGGAGGUUCACUACCAUUUUAACUCCAGGACAGCCUACGCUGCUCGUUCGUCCAGGUUGCCUGAUGAUCUUGAUUUGGAAGUUAGUGCUCAAGGAAAUGGACAGGGAAUACUGGAGGUUGUGACCCAUUAUAACCAGCUGCAUGAGGUGGAUGAGAAAAUGCCCUGUCAGCACUUUGAGCUCAGUGUCGCUAUCGAGGAGUCCAUUGAAAAGCCUCCAGCAGAUGCAGAAAAGUCCUACCAGACCACCAUCAAAGUGAGGGCUUUAGGAUCGAGUGAUGUCAGGAUGGUGGUUCUUGACAUCAGUUUGCCCACCGGCUUCACCCCAAAAAACUCAGACCUGGAAAUGUUGUCCAACUCAGUGGAUCGUUACAUCAAUAACUUCCAGAUAGUAGAUAACCUGAGUGACAGAGGAUCCCUGAUCAUCCACCUGUUCAAGGUUUCUCACAAAGAGCCAGAGAUCAUAAUUUUUAGGCUUCAGCAGACCUUCAAAGUUGGCCUUCUGCAGCCAUCCUCAGUCACUGUUUAUGAGUAUUACAACCCAGACCACCGAUGCACUCGUACUUACACUCCCCGUGAGAACAAGGAGCAGCUCAGUCAGAUCUGCAGAAACAACGCCUGCCGCUGCACGCAGGGCGACUGCUGUGUCUCCAAAGCGGACAGUGAAAACUUCCCCAACAAUGCAAGAGAGACGUUUGCCUGCACGAGCUUGCACCACGUUUUCCAGGUGAAGGUGCUGAAUGUCGUCCAGAGUUACUACGACAAAUACGAGAUGGAGAUCACACAAGUUAUCAAACUGGGUGUGGAGGCUGGAGUUGAGGUCGGUCAGACGAGGGUUUUCAUGUCUCAUGGAAGCUGCAGAGAUGGAGUGGACUUGAAGCAGGGCUUCCAAUACCUCAUCAUUGGACCCAAAGAGGACCAGUGGAAUAUUGAUACUGACACCAACAAGUUCAUCUACAUGUUGGGGAAGGACACCUGGGUGGAGCGCUGGCCAUCACCUGCAGAGUGCUCCAGCAAUCCCAGCCUGCAAGCUAAAUGCGAGAGUCUAAAUGAUGCUGCCAAUGAACUUUCGCUCAAUGCCUGCAGGCUGUAGAGGCGUCUGAACAGCUGCCACACACUUUUCUGCGGCAAAGAAAGGAAAUAAUUUUGCAUGCACCAAUUUAUUGUAGCCUGAGGUCCUUGUUUCAAUCUAUAGUUAGUUUUCUCUGUGAAUGGAGAACUGAGAGUCUUCCCAGUUACUGUAAGAUAGAACAAAAAUGAAGAACUGUGAACUGCAGAGAGCUGUAUGUAGUAAAAGCACAUUAACCAGUCCCCUCAUCACUAAUAUAGAUUUUUAACACAGGGCCAGAUGGGCUUUGGAUAGCUUUUUUUUUGAUGCUGGAGAACUGGAAACUGAUGUAGUGAAUAGCAUUCUGCUCUCUAGACACUGUAUGAAUAAAGACUGUUCUCACCUCUAUAGAUGUCUCACUGUUGGGCAAACAAAUAUUGUGUAUGCAAGUGACAAUCUCCAAAACUGAAAGAUUCAAUGUGGAAUUGCCAAAAACUGCAGUUGUUCUAGUGGGCACUUGAGAUUGGCUCCAAAAAAUGAGUCGAUCCAAAUGUUAAAAUGCCCAGUUUUACAGCACCAGACGUUAUCACAUCAAAUGCAGGCUUGGGUGAUAGAGCAAGUCGUCCACUAAACAAAUGGUUGGUGGAUUGAUUCCUGGCUCUUCCUGUCCAUGUGUUGCAGUAUCCUUGUGCAAAAUACUGAACCCCGAGUUGCCCCCAGCACAUUCAUCAGAGUGAGUGUGUCUGAAUGUCAGAUAAAAGUGCCUAGGUAUAGAUAAAAGCAAUGUAUGAAUGUAUGUAUGACUGGGUGAGUGAGACCUGUAGUGGAAAGCAUGUUGAGUGCUCAAAAUUGAGUAGAAGACUUGAAAACUGAACUAAAUGUGACCUAAAUGAUGUCAUUUUGAAGGUUACGUUGUCUGAAAUUCAGAGUGUGAAUUUCCACAUAUUUUCCACUGAAAAUCACCAAAAUCGGUGAUCAGAGGCUCUAUAAUGGAUCUGCAAACCGUGUCCGAGUCCACCCGCGCAGCAGGAGGAUCCAAAUGGAUCAGGAUCACGGAUUCAGACGCGUUAAGGCCCAGAUCCAGUUCAGGCUCCAGUUAUUUUGCAGCUCAUCCAGCCUGGAUCUGUUCAUAAUGGAUUCAUCUUCCCGACACGAUCUGCACUCUUUAAUUAAAAUGCUUCAUCCGCCCCAAAAUGCACUGAAUUUUAAAACCUAUAAAGCUGAGACAUUUAUCACAGCAUGUUUGCCUUUACUGGUAAAACUUUACAUUCUUUACAGACUUGGAAAGCUGCUCUGAAUGUUUUCA